AUGUUGUCGAAAGUAGUUUUUAGUUUGGUGAUUUUUGCUGUGGCUUUGGAAGUUGCUUUGGCCUGUAAUGGCUUCAAAGUUAACCUGUUAAAGGCUGAAAAUUGUGCUGGUGCCGAUGCUAUCAUAACCAUUGACUCAGACUUUGCAGUGAAACUCAACAAAAAAUGUGAAAUUAUCCCCAGUGGCUGCAUUAUAAACAAGCCCUUCAAGACCGCUGUCUCCAAGUUUAAGGUUACCAAGGACGGUAUGGUAAUGAAAGAGGGCAAAAUGGAUUUGUGCACCAUGGCUAAUGAUGCUCCUGCCGAAGCUAAGGAUUAUCUGAAGAUGUUCGGUGCUCCACAAUCGUGUCCCGUGGAAGAUUCAAAAGUUUGUGCCCAUGAACACAAGGUUGACAUUUCCAAAUAUAAGGCCAUGUUGAAUAUGGCCCGCGGUCACAUGAUCAUUGAUUCGGACAUAACUCAUGACACCGGCAAAUCGUGUUUCCACAUUGAAAUGGAGAUCACCAAUUAAUCUGAGGAAUUUAUUGACCCACACGCGAAGUCGGAGAUUGUCGGGAGUUAAUUGUAUGGGAACUAGCGGCAUUUGAUUUGUGCUUGAUCUAUCAUUGUUUCUUUUAUUCUUUAAACACCAAUGGAAAUAUUUUGGAAACUUUUAUAUGUUUG